AGGAGCCCGAGGAGCCGGGGCUGGCGGUGCAGGUGGUUGGAGAGUCGGGGAGCGUUGGAGUUCCAGGGCAACUUCUGUCCUUCCAGCCCUGGGUUUAGUUACAAGUGGAAGGCAGGUCUUUGAAACACAGGAUGGCUGCUCAGCAGCUACUCAAGCAAAAGAAAAAGCCCUCUAAGGAAGCAGUGCUGUUCCCUGAGAGCAUCACCACAGAGCAGCAGUCCCUGGUGCUGGUGAAAAGGCUGCUGGCCAUCUCUGUGUCCUGCAUAACCUACAUGAGGGGGCUGUUCCCAGAGAGCUCCUAUGGCACUCGCUAUCUGGAUGACCUCUGUCUAAAAAUUCUCCGAGAAGAUAAAAGCUGUCUGGGAUCAUUGCAGAUAGUCAAGUGGAUUCAAGGUUGUUUUGAUGCUUUGGAGAAGCAGUAUCUACACGUGGCUGUCCUUGCAAUUUACACCAAUCCCGAGACAGUCACUGAAAUGUAUCAGUUCAAAUUCAAGUACAAAAAGAAGGUGCCCCAGAUGGACAUCAGCAGCAACCACGGGGAGUUUGUGGCUGGGCUGUGCAGCAAGGAUGUCAAACAGGCCAGCAGGCUCCUGCUCAGAACCCUGUACCUGCUCAUGCAGGACCUCGGGCCACUGCCCAACGACAUCACCCUGAGCAUGAAACUCCUCUACUACAACGAUGUCACUCCCAAGGAUUACCAGCCCCCUGGCUUCAAGGAGGAUGGCAGCCCUGGUGACCUGUUGUUUGCUGGGGAUCCCAUCAGCCUGAAAGUGGGCUCAGUCUCCACUGACUUCCACUUCAUGAAAGUCAGAGUGACAACUGAGAAGAAGAGGGUGAGGAAGGCUGACAGCAACCUGAUCCAGAAGAAUGGCCCUACUGAGAUCUCCCACCAAGGGCUGGACUGCGAUGAAGAGGAGGAGGAGGAGACCACAGAGAAUCACCCUUGCCCUAUCAGAGCAGAUUCAAGUGAGCAUGAGGGGGACAAAUCCAAUCCAGGCAGGAAAACAGAAGCAUCUUCUUUUUGCCUUGAAGAUACAGGUAGCAAGAACAUGAAGAGGGGAAUAAAGGAGACGGAUGGGAUGCCUUGCUCAAGGGCGUGUCAGGAGAUAAACCUCCUGAACCUUGCCUUCAGCCAGGAAGAGGUAAUAGGACCCGAGAAGAAAAGGAAGGUCAGUGAACCAGAGAAGCUGCCUCUGAACGGCAGGAAAUUAUGUUCGUUCUGACACACAAUACAUCUGGAAGGUGUGAGUUUGCAUUGUCAUCUGACUGGUGCAGACCAGUGUUUAACUCUUCCCCAUCCCAUGUGUACUUCUGCAUGUGUAUUUGUUUCAUGAAAACUCUGGGUUGCCAGAGACAGCAACAUCGGAACUGUCACGGCAUUGUCAACCAGCUGCACUUGUUUGAUGUUGUUAAGUUAAGGAUUUAUCAUUCCAUGUGAAUGGUGUCUGUGUGCUUCUUUCUGCCUCUCUCCCUCACACCCCCUGCCCCUCACUGGAUAAAUCCUCUCUUCUGGGGCUGCACUGUCCUGUGCCACUCUGUCACCCCUAUUUAGUGGCAUCAUUUACAGAUGAACUCUGAGGUAUCAAUGCCAGCAGGC